AUGUACGGCUACGGAUAUGCACCGCAGGGCUAUGGACCUCCUCAAGGCGGCGGCUACGACAUGCGUGGCGACAUGGAGCCUCCGACCUCGUACCAUAUGAUGUCAGGCCCGGUCGGUCCACCGCAAUACCAGGGCCAAGUCCAUGCCAAUCCGCAAGGUGGUGUUAUGAAUGGCGACAUGCACUAUGAGUACUCGAACAUGACAGGCAAGCGCAAGGCUCUGUUGAUUGGAAUUAAUUAUGUCGGAAGCAGCAGCGCGCUACGUGGAUGCUGGAACGAUGCUCACAACAUGGCCAACUUUAUUCAACAUCAUGCAGGCUAUCACCCCGAUGAUAUGGUGAUUCUCACGGACGAGCCAAGCAACAAUCCGCGCACGAUGCCCACGCGUGAGAACAUUUGCGCGGCGAUGCAUUGGCUUGUGUCGGAUGCGCAGCCUGGCGAUGCGCUAUUCUUCCACUACUCAGGCCAUGGUGGUCAGGAACGCGCUGUGGAAGGCGACGAGGAGGAUGGGUACAAUGAGACGAUCCUUCCGGUUGACUUCCAGAUGACUGGACAGAUGCCCGACGAUGAGUUGCAUGCGCGUCUGGUGCGCCCGUUGCCGAUGGGCUGCCGUCUUACGGCGCUCUUUGACUCGUGUCAUUCUGGUACGGUACUGGACUUGCCGUACAUUUAUGCGACGUCGGGCAACAUCAAGGAGACGAACAUUUCGAUGAAUGUCGGCAAAGGUCUGCUUGGCGCUGCGAUGGACUAUGCUCGUGGCGAUGUCAUCGGCAUGGCGCGCGAUUUGUUCACGACAGUCAAGUCGGCGACAAUGAACCGCAGUGCAGCGGAGUACACGCGCCAAACGCGUUCGAGCGGUGCGGAUGUUAUUAUGCUGUCUGGCUGCAAGGACAGCCAGACGAGUGCGGACGCUACGGAGGCUGGCAAGGCCACAGGCGCGAUGAGCUGGGCGUUUAUUACAGUCUUAUCGCAGUGGCCGCAGCUCUCGUACGUUCAGCUGCUCAAUGCGACGCGUGACUGCCUCGCUGCGAAGUACUCGCAGAAGCCGCAGAUGAGCGCCUCGCAUCCGAUCGACAUGAAUUUGCUCUUUGUGAUUUAA